GGAACGGACAAGGACUCCGCCAGUGCUGACCCGUGGGUCAGCCACUUGCAAUAACUUUGCCUCCCUCUGCUGUUUGCGCUCUUCAGUUCACACGUCUCCCGCAACAAGCUACAGUGAAGAGCAUAACCAAGCCCACACACCUCCGCCAUCACGUGCGAGACCCCUCGAACUCCAGUGUCCCUUUGCUACACAUUUCAAGCACAGUGCUUAGCUUAGCUUACAGCAACUCAGCACAGCAGCCACCGGCGAGUUAAGCAGCGCUCGGGCGCUAGCCUUGCAAUGCAGGGCGCCUAUCACGCCCAAGCGCAGCCGCUGGCGCUGCCGCGCGGCGCGCUGCUCAACAACGGCCGCUACCGCAUCGAGCGCGAGCUCAACCGCGGCGGCACGGCUGUGGUGUAUGCAGCGGAGGACCGCACCACACACACGCAUGUGGCGCUCAAGGUGAUGCACGGCCCGGACCUGGUGCCGCUCAAGGUGGUCAAACGCGAGAUCACCUUCAGCAGCAGUGUGUCCCACGACAACAUAGUGCGGCUGCUGGACGUGUUUGCGGAGCGCCAGCAGCUGGUCAUUGUGUGGGAGCUGAUCUCCGGCCCAGACCUGCUGGACCUGCUGAACGAGUGCGGCGGCCGCAUGCCCGAGGACAUGGCCGCCUUCUACUUCACACAGGCGCUGCGCGGGCUGGUGUUCAUGCACGCCAACGGCUUCUGCCACCGCGACAUCAAGCCCGAGAACUGCAUGGUGCAGCGGGCCAACAUGCAGCUCAAGCUUAUCGACUUCGGUCUGUCCAAGCAUCUGGCGUCGGCAAGGACACUGGGCGUGGGGACGCCGGACUACAUGAGCCCAGAGAUCCUGGUUCACCAGCAGCAGCUGGCCGCAUACGACGGCGGCGUGGGCGGCGGCGGGCCCGGCGGCGGCCACGCACCGCCUCUGCCGUACGACGCCCGGCGUGUGGAUGCGUGGGCCAUGGGCGUGCUCAUGUACCUGCUGGUCACCGGCAGGUACCCCUUCGAGGACGAGGCCCACCCCAACAACCUCGCCGCCACCGUCACCAACGUGCUGGCCGGCCGCGUGCGCCCCCUGCCCGGCAACGUCAGCCGCGGCUGCGCGGAGCUCAUUGCCGGCCUGCUGCAGCCGCGGCCCGAGCGCCGCAGCAGCUUACUGGACUUGGUGGACAACCAGUGGCUGUCCGCCGCAGCCAGCCAGUACGCGGCUCGCGUGCGGCAGCAGGUGCAGCAGCAGCACCGCCAGCAGCUGCAGAUGCAGCAGCUGCAGAUGCAGGCCGCGGCAGCCGCCGGCACUGCGCCGCCCGGCUUCGCGCUGCAGGCGCCGCAGCAGCCGUGGGAGGAAGGCGGCGGACCGGAGCAGUGGAUUGACCUGCGCGAGUACCGCGAGCUGGCGGCGGCAGGCCGUACCAGCACCGGCGCCGGCCCCAUGGGCACCGGCCCUCACGGCAACCUGGCGCCCAUCUCCGAGUCCUCCCGAAACCAGCGCUCGGGCCCAGGCGGCGGCACCGCCUUCGCCGCCGCGCCCGCCGGUCCCGUGGCGGCCGCGGCCGCCGUCGGCAGCAGCACUCCCCUACCGCCGCCGCCGACGUCGCCCAUGGGUCAGCACCGCCUGUACGGCAUGCAGCGGCCUGCGGUCGCUUCUACGGCCGCCAGUAGUGGUGGCGGCGCCGCCGCAGGCGGCGUGGUGCUGUGGGAUGCCGGCAGUAGCACCUCCACGACUGACGAGGCUGUAGCAGCGGCGGGCUCGAUGCGGCACGUGGCGGGCGUGCAUCCCACCAUCCACAGCACCGUCCCCGGUGGCAGCAGCAGCUCGCCAUCGUCGUCCGGCGGCCCGUCGGAGGCUGACAGCGUUGCGACCGCCGUGGGUGGUGGCGGCGACGUGGUCAUGAGCGAGGUGAGCGGCGGGCGGCAGCAGCAGCAGCAGCAGCAGCAGCAGCCUGCGGCGGCGGCGUCACGCCAGCACCACGCCCACCACCACGGCCAUUGCCUGCUGCGCAGUCACCACCACCAACACGACGACCGGCAGCAGCAGCUGCAGCAGCAGCAGCCACAGCCGCAGCCGCCGCAGCAGCAGCCACAGAAGCAGAGGCAGGUGGACACGCGGCAGCACGCCGCUGCGCCGAGCUCCGCAGCCACACCAGGCCCCGCACAGCACACGUCGGGCCAUGGCGUGCCUGCUGACAGCAGCAGCAGCCGCCCGCACCACCACCGCAUCCACAACCACCACCGCCCGCACACCCACCGCAGCCGCCACAACCACCACAACCACACCGGCGGCGCCGCCACGCCCGCCACCUCCCGCGCCCGCCGCAGCUCCAGUGGCUCGGGUGAUGAGGACAUCGGCGGCGCUGGCGGAACGGGCGAUGCGGAAGCCGGCAGCGCCGGCGGCGCCGGCCUCCGCGCCGUCCGCUGGGGCAAGAGCGCCGCCGGGGGUGACGGCGCCUGUGCCAUGGAAGCGGAUUUGUCGGUGCAAAGCAGGCAGGCGGCGAUGGCGGCUGCGGCAGCGGAUGGCGGCGCGGGGCCUGAGGACCAACAGGCGACGGCGGGCGGCGGCGGCGGGGCGGCGGGUGCGGGUGCGGCUCCGAAGGGCCCACUGGCCAAGAUGCGUGCCUACUUCCGCAAGAAGCUGGACGUCAUGUGAGCAGGCUGUAACUGUGAUGUGUAGUGUGGUGAUGAUGUGGCUGGGGCCUGGGGCCUGGGGAGGUGGGAGCCUGCCGGAUGCAUGCUACGCCCGUGCUCGUGAAAUCAAGUGAUGGGCCGUCGUGGGAUUGAGCGGUGGCGGAAUGGUAGCAGUAGUGGCCAUAUGGGCUCAUGGAGGGGUUGUGUGAGAGUUACCAAGACGGACGGCGCCAGGGAGCGUGUGUGUUGGAGGGGGGGUUUUCAUGUGCCCGAGCCCAAUAGGUAACAGUAGUGGAAUGACCAUUGGUUAUGAGGCGUCACCCAGGUGGAGUCGUGAAGGCUUCGCAGCGACUCACGAGAACGUAUGCAUGUUGGGGGGUCGGGAGCCACACCACUCGGGUGUUGUGUCAUGGAAGGGCUUGAUCCCGCACAGAGCGGAAAGCAGGCAGACGGCAGUUGGAUGGGGUUGCCGUCAAUGUGCACCCCUGUAGGUGCCUUACUUGCCGCGAAUAAGGCGUAGGCUUGAACGGUGCUAGCCAGAGCCGCGAGCCGUGGGGCUGCAUGUGCAAGUUGGUGCGCGGUUCACGCUUGCGCUGGACCCUGGACCGCAGGAUGUUGAACAUUUUCAGGGUACCGAUGCCGGUGUAGUGCCGACGCGUGCCGUGCAUUUUGGAGUCUAAAGCUGGCCUUAUGAGUUGCACGGCUAGGUCAAGGUGGCAGGACUUGAAGGCGCAAGCAGCGGGGUGGGUGUAUGGAUGAAGGGCUGUACCUGGAGGCCCGUUCGUUCGUGUGUAAGACAAGCGCUAG